GCUUGGAUGCUUUUUGUUCACUAUACACACACAACAUUUUUGGAUUCUUCAUAAUUACUCUUAAGUGUUCCUGGCAAACCCUAAGAUGAUGUCAGAGAUCAUCCCACACCUGAUGCUGACCUCCCUUCUGUUAAUUUUGUUCUCCCUCAGUCCCUCAGAAUUCCUCCUUUAAGCACAGAUUCUCAGACGGCAACAGUUUAUGAACCCGACAAACUGGAUGGAUUUUUCAACCAGUGUCAUCAUCAUAUAGGAGCCCAGCUUUUCCAUCUUUUUUGUUUCGCAUUUGAAGAGAGCUGCGGUUGACUCACCCUGACACCAUCUCGCAUUGCCUGUACUGGAAAGUUCUUCAUCAAGGAUUUUUACAUUUAUGCAAAAAUAUCCACGACCGCCAACUCUUCACUCCGCCCCAAAAAGAAAAGGAAAAAAAAUUCACAUUAGAAAUUGUUUUAUAUUGGUAUUAAAAAAAGAGAGUAUGAAUAUUUAUGUCAAUAUUUUUACCACGUCUAUAUCAGUUAUACAUUUUGUGUUACACAUCGUUGUUGUCAUUUUUGUUCAAUUUUAGUUUCAUUUGGUUUCAAAACUAUGUUCAUUUUUUUAUUUAUUUGAUAUUGUAAUAUUCGGGGAAAUAUGGAAAUACAAUAUAUUUCAUAGCAGAGGAAUUAGCUUUUGGAGAGAUUUUGCUAUGUAUCAUGUUUUUUUGUACUGAUGAGUGUUAUUCACAUCAAAUUAUGUGAAUAAAUGCUUUCAGAUGCCCUUUUGUUCAUUUAUAUUAAUUUUAUCUAAAACAUUUGGUGUUUAUAUUCUUUUCAGUAUUGUUUCAUUUAUCUAUAUACUGUAGUCAAUUAAAAAAACAAAAAAAAAAAACAUUUGAAGACAAGAAACAUGACCUUAAUGGAUAAUGUAAGCAUAGACCAACUGAAUUGCUGACGUGAAUUGACCACAAGGCGGCAAUGUGACAGUGUCUUUCCAUAAGUGAGCAAUGUUUAAUAUCCUGUACUGCCCACUAUUAUAAAUUAUAACUAUUGUGUAGUUCGGAUUUUUUGGGAGCCUAAUGAGACCAACAUUGUUUUUAGUUCCAUCAGUGUCUGGGAGUUUUUCCAAUUAAAUAUUAGAAAUAGUACGUGAUUGGUAUUAUGAAUUUGCAUCCGUGCAUAUUUUGCUGUGUGUGCCAAAAUUAGCCACUGACACGAAACGAGAAGACUUCAAUCAAGGGCAACGAGGAAUUUAUCCCAGUUAUUUCUUCUUACAACUUUCUUGACUGCUCAAGUUUGAAUCAUUCCGUCUCAGAACUUUCUGCAAGUAGUGAGGUAAGCAUGUGGAGAAACAAAUAGCAUCAAGUUACAUUUUCCUUCAUACACUGUGUGUAAUUGAAUUGUACUACAUGGACGGUUCAUGUGUUCUUGCAGGAUAUAGGAGGGCAUUUGUUUGAAUCAACAACACCCACAUCACAGGAUCACCAAUACUGGUAUGCUUAGAGCUGGGACAGAUGAUAAAGAUUGUCUCACAUUCUUGAAAGAGAAUUGAGUAUUAAUUUACUAGAAAGCAAAUACGAAACUCACAAAAAGUAAGGGAUACAGCAUUUGACUUUCAGGUGAGAUUUUCAAGAUGAACCUAAAAUGCACUAUAACCUUUACGGGUGAAUUUAUAUAAUGUGACCUUCUCUUUUUUACUUUUGCACAUGUCGAACCAUUCAAUGUUUCAUUACUUUUUGUACAACUUGCUCUCCUCUCACAAAGAGUUGAACAUCAGAAUUCACAACAGGUUUUUGAUCCAUGAAUCGACCAAUACUUUACAUUUCCUGCUUUUUGUUCGAAUUGGUAUUUAAACAAUCCUCUUCCUGUUCACAUUUUGACAUUAUAAGACAUAGGUGUCAAACUCAAGGCCCGGGGGCCUGUUGCGGCCUGCCACUUCAUUUUAUGUGGCCCGCGAAAGCAAAUCAUGCUCGUCAACUUGUGAUUUUUGCUAAAAUCUGUACCCAAAUUCCAAAUUGUCAUAAUAAUAAACAAUAAUAUUGGGAUAUUGCAUUUUUCUGUUACCAAACCCUUCUCCUACAGUAACUUAAACAAUACUUGAACAAACUAUUAUCCUUGUCUUCUGAUUUCAAAACUAGUUAUCCCUCAAUUUGUUGUGUAAUGGUAAUAGGAUUUGGUGAUUAAACAUUUAUAUGGUUUCACUGUUCUAACUGCCCUCUGAGGGAAAUCAUAACUACAAUGCGGCCCGAGACAAAAAUGUGUUUGACACCCGUCAAAGACAAGCUUCAAACAGAAUGAACUCAGAGGGCAGUGACAACAGACCUUAGAGUGACAUCAACAGAUUGCGACAGCGAUACAGAGAUGGGAAGAAUCACAGAACCUAAGGCAUACAAGUGGACGUCCUUGGAAAUGUUCAUGGAUCAAAGACCUGUUAGGAAUUUUGCCAUUCAUCUCCUUGUUAGAGAACAGCGACUUGUGCAAAAAUUGCUGAAACACUGAACUGUUGGAUCGUCAAUAGUUUAAAGUCAAUCAAAUUAAGGUCACCUGAAAAGGUUAUAGUGCAUUUAAGAUAAUUUCACCCAAAAGCCAAAUAUCCUUAACCUUUUUUGAGUACUAGUAGUGUAUGUAACAACACAACUACAGAACAAUUUAUGGUUUCCUUAACUCGAUUAGUAGUAAGGACAGUCGGUUACAAAAUAUUCAUUGACAUGAACAAAUAUGACCCGAUAGGCCAUCUACUUCUUCUGCUCGUUUUGUUUCCUUGACUUUAAAUUCGUGAGCUUAUAACAUCGAUCCAUCCAUUUUCUGAGCCGCUUCUCCUCACUAGGGUCGGGGGCGUGCUGGAGCCUAUCCCAGCCAUCAUCGGGGAGGAGGCGGGGUACACCCUGAACUGGUUGCCAGCCAAUCGCAGGGCACAUACAAACAAACAACCAUUCGCACUCACAGUCACACCUACGGGCAAUUUAGAGUCUCCAAUUAAUGCAUGUUUUUGGGAUGUGGGAGGAAACCGGAGUGCCCGGAGAAAACCCACGCAGGCACGGGGAGAAUAUGCAAACUCCACACAGGCGGGGCCGGGGAUUCAACCCAGGUCCUCAGAACUGUGAGGCUGACGCUCUAACCAGUCGGCAACCGUGCCGCCAGCUUAUAACAUGCUGAUAAGAAAUGUCUACCUCACAUUUUGAACCUAGCAGACUAGCCUGUGGCAUACUCAAAUCAGAGCUGGGCCUGCCUGCUCAUUAGGCCAGGUGAACAAAUGCUACGGUGCCGUGGACUCGAGGGGGUGUCAAAACAGGUGAGGAAUAAGUCACUUUGAAUAUAAUUACAUUAGUUAUUUCUAUGAACACUUAUAGAUUCAAUUGUAAAGCAAUUCCCAAUUAAUAUUAAAACAUAAUUCCAAACAAAUCCCCAUGACGUCACCCCUACUAAAAUGUUUCCAUGUAGGUCUGUCAUGGCCUUGUGUUUCAAGUUGUUUUUCUUUGUGUUGCAGUGUCUGGGUGGGCGUGGACAUCGGUGACACGCCUGUCAUGCAUUGUAAUCAUCAGCCUUUUUAGGGGGCACCGUGACAGUGUGUGGGUGUUGGAAUAUUCACUAGUUUUUGCCGCCGUUCUGACCGCUGUCCAAAUUUAGGCUCACUACGAUUAUACCACACGGACCGUUUGUCGUGUCUCCCUGCGUUAUCUGUUUUUGAUUCUCUCUGGUUGUGAGUUCCUUUAGUUUUGUAUGUUUCGCCAUCACCUGCUCUGCCGUUUAAUAAAAAUUGUUCGGACCUCUGACCUGGAGUCUAUUUUUUGGGAUCUGGCCUUACGGCAUUGCCGUUCUUGACAGAAUAUUCCGACCAGAAAUGGAUCCCACAAACUCAGACUCUUUUCGCCAAGCGUUGGCAAGUCAGGGACAUUUGGUUGGAAGACACGAGACAUCGUUACACGAGCUCAGGGAGGCAAUUACGGCGUUAACGACCCAUCUCAGUACGCUGAGUUCUCGGGUUGAUCAAGUGUGUGCACUUGGAUUACCUCCGGUUCUGGCAAAAGCACCCGCCACCAACACAGUGGCCGCGGUGCCACCCGCCAGGGAAGCUUGUCUCCCAAAUCCACCUCGUUAUGCUGGGGAGCUCGGCGGCUGCGGUCAAUUUAUUUAUCAAUGUACCCUAGUAUUUGACCAACAACCGGUCACGUAUGCCCAGGAUAAGACGAAGGUGGCUUUUAUAAUGAGUCUACUACGGGUCAGGGGGCAUCGUGGGCGAUGGCGGUCAACAGCGCCAACCCAGCGUUACGUUCCUCCUUCCCGGCAUUCGAAUCUGAACUGAGGAGAGUUUUUGAUCACCCCGUCAAGGGCAAGGAAGCCGGUAGCCGGUUGUUGGACCAUUCCCAGGGGGACUUGUCAGUAGCCGAAUACUCCAUUUCGUUCCGCAUCCUGGCAGCAGAGAGUGGAUUCGGCGAUGUGCCGUUAAGCGGCAUUUUUCGUCGGGGACUCUGUCCUGCCGUCAAAGAUGAGUUGGCGGCCCGGGACGAGACCACUAAUUUGGAGGAGUUGAUCGGACUAGCCAUUAGACUGGACAAUCGACUGAGGGAACGGCAGCGCGAGCGGGCGGCGGAACGGCGCAUUUUUUUUUAGUCCGCUUCCCCGGGACAUUCUUCAUCCGCCAUGGAAGACUCCACCUGUGUUCCCCCAUCCACCUCGGCGUCGACGAGGGAGCCGGCCCUGGCCAUGGAGGAGCCGAUGCAACUCGGCGGGGGGCGACUGACGGAGACGGAACGUCGGAGACUCAUGAGAGCGGGGGCGUGUCUGUACUACGGCCGACCAGGACACAAGGUAUCCACCUGCAUGGCGAGACCUUCACGGGGAAGUGACGCUACGGCCAGGUGGUGGUGACAGCGCCUUCCUCCUCCGGAAAGAACGUCUCAUUGUGAGAGACGCAGAGGAUGUAAUCCAAUGGCAGUGUGAGUUCAGGGGUCAAAUCAGAGCACUGAGACAAUGGCUGAUGUGCAUGGAGAUGACGCUGCCCCCCUUAAACCCCAGGCUCCAAAGUGAUGGACACUCAAGCUCAGACCAAGAUUCCUGCGUGGCUAAAUGGAGGGAAACUAAGUCUACGUUGCCUCUGCGAAACAUAUCUACUGAUUCUGAGACGUUCCUUCAAAGUCUGGAAGCCUUACUGACAUGGGUGUGUGAAAUAGAAGAGCUCACAGAAAAUCAGAAACCUCCAUCUUCAGAGGUCAAAGUGGUGAAAGCACAGCUUCAAGAGCAAAGGCUCCUGCAGCGCCUCCUUACAGAUCGACGGAAAAGUAUGCAUACUAUGAUGUUAGAGGGUCCUCGGCUAGUGGAGGCCCACCCAGGAGAGGAGGGGGAGCAGGCCAGGAUCAAGCUCUGUGCUCUCAAACAGAAGUGGGAGUCCAUACAGCGGGAGGCGGAACAAAGGAGGGACAGUUUGGAGGGCAUUUUACCUAGGGCUCAGAUUUUCCAGGAAGGCGUAGACAAUCUGCAGCAGUGGCUCAUAUCUGUAGAGCAGGCCCUUGCUGAACUGCGUAAUGCUGAAAGAGUGAUGCUGCAUCUUUCUGAGGCCACAGACACGGCUAAGGCUGUCACUGAUGAGAUCCAGGUUAAAACUGCUGACCUUGCAAAAGUUCAGAAAACAGGUCUUGAGCUCAUGGAAGUGAUCUCAGUGGAGGAGGAACAACAGGUGCAGGACAAAUUAGAUGCUCUUCGUAUCCGAUGCUCCGUGCUAAAUCUGAGUAGUCUGGAUGUGCUCCAAAGGCUGGAGCAGGCUCUGGAGGCCUCCAGUCGCUGUACAUCCAGCCAGGAGGACCUCCACCUGUGGCUGGGCCGCAUUGAGAGGGAACUCUUGGGUGCAGCAGGUGCACAGACACAUGCCGGAGAUGCAGUCCUAUGUGCAGCUGAAAGACAGAGGAUGGAACAGGCAGUGGUGAAAGAGGUGGCUUGGUUUAAGGAUGCAGCACUAAGGCUUGAAAAGCUGAAAAUUCUUCACCUGGAUCCACAGCUCAUAUCAGAACAACUCAAUGAGCAGAAGAUUAUGUCAGUUGAGAUUCUCCAACACAGAUUCAACAUUGAGAAAAUGGUAAAAAUAGCUGAAAUCUUGCAAACAUACAGUGAGGAAAGUGAAACAAGGAAUCUGAAGACCCCAUUAGAUGCCUUACAGGAACAAUGCGCCACCACCUCAGCCACUAAUUCCCAUGGAGUUCUGCAGCUUGAGCAUGCUCAGUCACUUCUUGUUCAGUUCUCAGAGGGCCUUGCUGAGGUUUCACCCUGGCUAAAAGAAACACAAAUCUUUGUUGGGCAGCUCUCCCUCAGCACAAUUAGCUACGAAGCAUUCCGUGAACAACAAGACGUUUUACAGGUUCUGAGAGAGUCAAUUGCCGAACAUCGGCCAUUGAUCUCACGCUUAUGCUCCUUGGCAAAACGCCUGUCAGAGCUAAACCCAGUUCAGGGAGAGGGAUUUUGUCUAAAAGCUACUGAGGCUGAGGAGCAGCACCGAGCCAUCAGAGACUGUGUCAGGGAGACUGCCAUUCUACUUGAAGAGUCCUUACCCAGAUUCACUCAACUGAAUGAGAGGAUGGUUCUCCUCAGAGAAAGUCUUGACUGCCUGCACAGUCGCAUCCAGACUCCAACAUCGCUUCAAUGCCUGACCCUGACGAUUCAAGAGCAGUUGCAUGACAACAAGCACACGCUGUCUGAACUGUCCAAGUUGGAGCUGAGUCUCGCAAGUGUCAAGACACAGGCGCAAGACUUGCUGACUAACACACAGGCGGCAGGGGAUACGUCCAUUGGCACAGCAAUCCAGGAGCAAGUCUCCACUCUUUCCCAGCUGCUGGGCGAGACACAUGGUCAGGUUCAAGAAAGGGAAAGCUGGUUGCUCAAACUACUGGAUCUGUGCAUGAAGUUUUGGAGUGAUGUUGCUGAUGUCACAGCAGCUCUCAAUAAUGCUCAGCAGGCAGUUUUGGAUCUUAAUGCAAGUCAGACGGACUUUGAAACAAUCCGCCAGAGCUUGGAGACCAUGCAGACUCUCAGGGAGGAUAUUGACACUUUACAAGGAGAUCUAGACAUGCUUGGUGUUCUCGGAAUGGAUUUGAUGUCAGCAUGUGGGGACACAGACAAACCGGAUGUCACAAAGAGCCUGGACGAACUUUAUUGCCUGUGGAACAAUUUGAGUAAACUGUGGAAUGAAUGCCACACAAAGCUGGAGGAGUCCUUGCAAAUGGCCUUAGAUUAUCAAGACACUAUGCAGGGACUUUUUGAGUGGUUGAAAUCUGCAGAGCUGAGGUCAACUGAAGAGUUCAUGGUUGGAACUGAUCUGGAAUCAGUCGAAGAGCAGCUACAUGAACUCAAGGAAUUCAAGAGAGAACUUUAUCAGAAGAAGAUUGAAAUAGAAAGCCAAAACCAUCGCUUUGUGUGUCGAUUGUCUCCAGGCUCAGAGCGUCCAUGCUCAGUUUCACCGCUGUGCGACUUUCGACUGCGUUGGGACAGUCUGGAGUCAGAGACUGUCAACAGACAGCAUCAACUGGAGUGUGCUCUACUGGGUCUGGGGCAGUUCCAAAACACACUGGAUGAGUUGCACACAUGGCUUGCCCAUACUGCUGAACAACUGCAGGGCAAAAAAAUAAUCAGCAUCGACCUGCAGGCUUGUGAAAUAGAGUUGGCCAAACACAAGGUCUUGCGUAAUGAUAUUAUGUCUCACGUUCGCACAAUGGAGUCCCUGAACCAGGCAGGCAAGGAGUUGCUGGAGGUUGGGUCUGGGGACUGUGCACAUGGUAUUCAGUCUCGACUAGACCAAUUGAGUGAAAGCUGGGAAUUUGUUCGUUGUGAAACUGAACGUUAUCAGAUGGAGUUAGAGAACAGACUCAGUCAGGUGCAAGAUAUUACAAUGGAGAUUCAGGACCUUCUACAGUGGCUGGACAACACAGACAUCAGGUUGCCAUCUUCCAAAUCCAUGUGGGGUAUGCCGGAAUCAACCAGUGAGAGGCUUAAUGCUCAUUUGGAGUUGUGCAAUGAGAUGGAGUCAAAACUUCACACCUACACAAAUGUGAAACAUGCCAUUCAAAGAAUGCUGGAAAGCAAAAAUGUAGUGCGGGGAUCAAGUACAGAACACAGCCUGUCAAUCUUGGAACAAAAAUGGUCUUCUGUGUACAACAAAGUUCAAGAGCGCAAGGCAAAGCUUACAAAAGGCUUGAGUCUGGCUAAGGAAUUCCACAGUGAUAUCCAGGACCUUCUCAUAAAGAUGACCAAGUGUGAGGAGUCUAUUAGACUCUGCACAGCUCCCAGCUUUGUUCUGGACACAGUUUAUAACCAACUGCUGGAUCAUAGAACACUGGUGGAUGAAGUGAAUGGUUAUGGUGAGAAGAAGACCACAGUGGAGAGUGCAGGCAGUCGACUUGCAGAGUUUAGCAGGAAAGAGGAUUGUGAUGUCAUUCAUAACCUCAUCAUGACUGUCCAGGAUCGCUACAAAAAGCUACAGCAGUGUAUUACAGAGAGAGGCAGGCUGCUGGAGGAGGUCAAAAUGAAUGCCAAACAGUUUAAUGAAUCUUGGCGCCUCCUGGUGGACUGGAUGUUUGCAGUAGAAGAAACCUUCGACAACCAUAAAGAGAUUGCGCCGUCACAUGAGGAGAUUAAACAGCAACUAACUGAGCAGAAGGCACAGUCAGCUCUUAACAACAAACUUUUAUAUCAUGUGUGCAUGUUCACGGAUCAUGUUCAUUUUCUUCAGGAGUUCCAGAAAGUGCUGAGAUCCAAGAGGCCCAUGUAUGAGGCGACAUUAAAGAGUGGCCGCAAACUUCAUGAGAGAGCUCAAAGCAGCCAUGACAAACAGCACCUGGAAAACCUCCUGGCUGAAUUGAAAGACACGUGGGACACCAUCAUUGGAAAGUCUACGGAGAGACAACACAAACUGGAGGAAGCUUUGCUGUUCUCAGGAAGGUUCACAGAUGCUCUUCAAGCACUGAAUGACUGGCUAUAUCGAGCUGAACCCCACUUAGCUGAGGAUGUCCCUGUUAGUGGAGACAAGGACAUGGUCAACAAUCUGAUAGACAAACACAAGGCAUUCCAAAAGGAGCUGGGGAAGCGAGCAGGCUGCAUCAAGACCCUGAAGCGCUCAGUAAAGGACCUGGCCAGGAGCAGCACUGCCGAUUCACACUGGCUGCAGGAGCAAAUGGAUGAACUGGAGGGUCGCUGGGAGGUGGUGUGUAAGCUGUCAGUCGGCAAACAGGACAGGCUUGAGGCUGCUCUUCAACAGGCUGAGAAAUUCGAUGGCCUUGUCCACUCUUUCAUGGAGCGUCUCACUGAGGUGGAAAGGCUUUUUAAAUGCGGAGUCAUACCAGAUGAAGAGGAAGGUUUGCUUGUCUUUCACAAACAGAAUGAGGAGACAAUGGUUGCCUUAAAAGCUCAGACAGCUGAGUUAGAGAAUAUCCAGUUUCUGGGUGAAGAGAUCCUCUCCUUUUGUCACCCAGACUCAAAAAUAACCCUCAAGUCCUGGGUGGGUGUCACCAGGACCCGCUAUGAGGAGGUUCUGACAUGGGCCCAGCAACAGGGCUUGAGGAUCCAGACCAGUUUAGCACUACUGGAGGAAGAAAGAGAGCAAGUCCAGAGGCUGUUGGACUGGAUCUCUUCGGCACAGGAAGCUCUCAGUAUCAGAGAAGAAGAGCCUGUGCCUGAAAACACAGAGCAAAACCAAGAACUUAUUGAGCAGCACUCUGUGUUCAUGGAGGAGCUGAAUAAGAAGCUCCCCGAAGUUGAAGAUGCAACAAAGUCCUGCAAACACAAGAGGGUUUCUAAACCGCAAGUUUCCCCCAGCAAACGACCAAUCACAAAGAGAAGGAGCACUCUGAAGUUGCAGCCUCCGGCAGCACUCCCCCUGGAGCACCUCGACCCCCAGACCCCACCGCUCAGUCAGCUGGUCAGUCAGUGGCAGAAACUUUGGCUCCUGGCAUUAGCGAGACAAAAACAUCUUGAACAACACCGGCAAAAACUCAAAGAGAUAGAAGAAUUUGCCAACUUUGACUUUAAUAUUUGGCGAAAACGCUACAUUCAGUGGAUCAGCCAUUUGAAGUCUCGCAUCGUAGACGUGUUCCGCAACAUUGACCGGGAUCAGGAUGGACGCAUCAGCCAGAAAGAGUUCAUCGACUACGUCUUGGCUUCUAAAUUUCCCACCAACUCGCUGGAGAUGAACGCGGUGGCAACCAUCUUUGACAUGAACAGUGAUGGCUUCAUUGAUUACUAUGAGUUUGUGAGUGCAUUGCACCCCAACAGAGAUCCCUACAGGAAAACUAUGGAUACAGAUCAAAUCAAUGAAGAGGUGAGCCGUCAGGUAUCACGAUGUAAUUGUCCCAAAAGGUUUCAAGUGGAGCAGAUCAGUGCCAACAGAUACAGGUUUGGAGAUUCCCAACAGUUGCGAAUGGUUCGUAUGUUGCGGAGCACAUUGAUGGUGAGAGUGGGAGGAGGCUGGACUGCUCUAGAUGAGUUCCUGGUGAAGAAUGAUCCCUGCAGAAUAAAAGGUCGGACCAAUCUGAAGAUCAAGGAGAAGUACUUGUCUCCAACAGGGAGCGCCUCGAAAGGUUUGACUGUCAGCAGGUCCAACUCGAGCCUGAGUCUCUACAGCAGUGCCUCCGCCCCCACUAGUCCCAUGACACGCAAGGCUUUACUGCGCCGAAGUUUUUCAGGCGACCGUUGCAUUCGUCCUCGAAGUUCCAUUGCUGCAUUGGGGUCUGAACUCCUGUUUGUCACAACAGAAGGGCUCAACUCUCUAUCACCAUCAGAAGAAGCUGAGAGGCUGCUCCCCACAUGAUUGCGUCUGCCUUCAAGCUCUACGUGUGCGCUAAACCCCGAACAGCCUUAUGACCUUGAGUGACGGACAAAGUGAUAAGUAGGAGUGUUGUGAUCGACGGGUUAUUGAAGCAAACACAAAAAGCAAACCCUGAAGAGAAAGUACAGCCCAGGUCAGCAUGCAGAAAGAUCUGCAGCUUUUGGGUGUCUGCGGGAAAAUAAAGACAUUGGAACUGUCUCGUCAAGUGUGAAGAAUCACAUUUGUACUGUAUUUCCCCACAUCCAAUUCCUACAUGAGAACAUAAUUGCAAAUUGAGUAGUUUUGCAAGGUUCUGCAUGGAAACUUAAUGCAUGGUAGCCUUAUGAGCAGUGAUAUUUUUAUUAUUUUUUAUUUUUUUGCCCCAUGAGCAAUUUUUUUUCUGACUUUAUAUCGUCAGAAUCGGAAAAUGUCAACUGCUACGUAGUAAUUGUCUGUUUAACUUAAUAGCAAACAUCAAUGCUCAGUCAUGCACGUUUGUACCGAACGGGACUGACAUGAAUAAAAAAAGUGUGCUCCCUUUGUGUUGCCCGCUGAGUAUCCAAAAACACAAAUACCAAAACCACUAUGAAUAUGCGAGUCAGUUGUCAGUUGUCUUUGCAGCGAAGAUGAUAUUGUUGGCAGGGCCACACCUUUGCAUCUUUUACAAUUUCUGAUGCUGUGCUUUUAAGUGUUUGUGAAUUGUUUUAAUGCUCUGCAUUUUUACGGUAGUUGAAUCAUUGAAAAUGGUGUAUCCAAUGUAUAAAACAAUGCAAUGACAUUUUGACAAGCCAAUUAUUUGGCCAGGAUUGGUUUUGAUGUAUUUUUAUUGAACAUUGCUGGGAAAGAGUAAAUCUGAUAUUUCCUUUUUACUGCAGUAAGGUUUUCUUCUUUUCCUUUCAUUUUUUUUCAUAUAUUAAGCACUUUCAAUGCAUGACUACUUUGCGGUUCGAUUUAUAAGCAAGAAAUGUAGUAGUUAGGAGAUACAUGUUUAAAUCUGACAGUAAUGUUUUUGUACAUAUUCAUGAAGUAAUCUCUCUACUCCAACAAGACAGAUUUUAGAAUUUAGAGUAUUCAUUUCUACUUGUCUAGCCAGCAAAUUGUACCAAAAGUGUAUCUUGUUGCUUACUUUUCUUCCUUUAAUGUAGAAUGUCUCUUGUCAUCAGCCCAUACGCAAACAACAUAAAUGCGCCACAGCUUUAUUGCUCCUUUCAAUCUGUGGAACAUGAGCGAUACCACACCACCUAACCCUGGGGUGACAUGAUUUUAAAUUUCCCUUUGUGGAACUGUCAGUCCUCUACAACUAAACAAACUGGUCAGUGUUAACACUCUUCCUCUUUGACACCUUUGUUAAUACUCAGCAUAAAAGCACCAUUUUUUAUUCUUGUUUUUUUUUUACAUUUGGCAUUACAGAAACCAGCUGCAAUACUGUAGGCCAGUUGUAUUUUGUCUAUGCAGUUAUGAAUUGAUUCAUUAAAUAUUUUUACAGCAUAGAAUACUCCUAUAUAUAUAUAUAUUUCUUAAUAUCAUUUUGGCCUCAAUUUGUUUGUAUUGGGAUGUGGGUUUUGCUGUAAAAAACGACAACCUUUCCACUAAAUUACUAUGCACCCUUAACUUUAUCUACUGUACAUGUUUCUGUACCCAGCAUUAAUUACAAUGUCCAAUUUUGGUGACCUCUCGAUUCGGUCAUAAUAAUUUUCUGUCUACAUGUACAAAUAAAUGCAUCGUUUGUUAUAAAAUCCAAA